UGCUUCAGAUCUGAACUUAUAUACACAGCUUUAAAGAUAAUGAGCGGGGGAGCUGUGUUCUGUUUGUGCAUUCUUGGCUGCAGUGAAACAUGAAAUCAAAAUAUCAGGAACAUCAAACGAGGCCUCGCAGUGCGAGCAGACAGAAAGUUGGCCGGUUGCUGCUCGCUGUUGUGUUCAGGUAAAUGUGGAGCGCAGCAGCUGUAAAGUGUUUUCUGCUCUCAGUGUGUCGGAACAGAAUCUCACAAACCAGCUGGCCUCCUGCCCGCGCUCUAAUCUCCUCCUCCUCCUCUUCCUCGUCUCUCUACCUGUGAUUUAUGGCUCUGUACAAUGAAAGGUGAAGGCCGUGAGAGCCAGCAACCUGUGAGUGUGUGUGUGUGUGUGUGUGUGUGUGUGUGUGUGUGUGUGUGUGUGUGUGUGUGUGUGUGUGUGUGUGUGUGUGUGUGUGUGUGUGUGUGUGUGUUUCAGCAGGGAGGAUGUUGUAUCUUGUACAUCGUUUAGAGCUUUACAGAUAUCAGCAUUUCUUUGUGUCUGCUGUUUCCUUCGUGUCCUUGUUGAGGAUUUUUUUUUGUGUGACACCUCCGCUCUGAACGUCUUAAAAACUUAGAUUUGUUGUUUUCAUUAAAUAAUUUCAAAGACGGGUCAAUACGUAUACUGGUGCUGAUGGGGAUCCUAAGAAAGAAAGAAAUACUUUAUGGGAAAUGAAAAUGGCCAACAAGGGCAAACGACCUACAACUGUCUAAACGACUUACAUUAGGAAAUAUCUGCAGCAAAUUCAGAAAUUAUACUAAUUGAAAUGCAAAAGUCCAAAACGAAUGCAACGACUGACUCACGCUGCAAAUGAUAGAAACGUGCUGAAAAAACAAAACGACUGUGUUAACAUCAAAUGCACUGUAAACGGAUAAAUGAAAAACACAUAUCAAGGAAACAUCUGCAUCAAGACGAAUGCUGCAAGUCCAGUAUUCAACGGAAGGCUUCCAGGCCUGUAGGGGCGCUGUGGACUGUUGGGAGGUUGCUUGUAUGCUGAUGAUGUGACUGUAUUUCUUCCAAUCUGAAGUAUAGCCGUAAAACAUAAAUGUUCAGGUGUUUCUAUAAGUUUCCGUCCACACAUUUGCUGAUGAUGUGACUGUGUUUACGUCAAGACAAAACAUACAUGUUCUGAAGUUUAUUGAAGUUUUGGUCUGCUUGUAUGCCGAUGAUGUGGCUGUGUUUCUCAGUGGCGAUUCUACAGUCUGUUGGGGCCCUAGGCAAAAAUUCAUUGGGGGCCCCUCCAAACAGCAUUCAUCACCAUCAUGUCUGCCAGAGUCCUGACGUUUACUACUCUUCCUCUCUUUGUUGCUUUUCAAAGGAGAAGGAGGGCUUUCAGAUGGGGCCAUCUUAGGGAGGUAUACUACUGUCAUUGCAAAAUGUGGACAUUUUGAGUCAUUGCGGUGAUUUAAAGUUUGUCAGCCCUUGGGGGCCCCCUAUUGCCUUGCCUAUUGACAAACAGCGCCUCAGGUGUUUCUUCCUACCUAGAGAAGCUUUGAAACCUUUAAUGGUCAGUUAUUUCAGGACAUUUAAGUCGACACGUUUGCUGAUGAUGUGACCGUGUUUCUUCCAGAUAUGGUGACAUGGUUCCCAACACCAUCGCGGGGAAGAUCUUUGGUUCCAUCUGCUCGCUCAGCGGCGUGCUGGUGAUCGCCCUGCCUGUACCCGUCAUUGUCUCCAACUUUAGCCGGAUCUACCACCAGAACCAGAGAGCGGACAAGAUGAGAGCGCAGCAGAAAGUGCGUAUGGCUCGGAUCCGCAUGGCGAAGAAAGGAACAGUCAACGCCUUCCUCCAGUACAAAGAAGACCGAUCACUCGGGGACCGGGACGGUGACAGCACAGCUCUGUGUAUAAAGAACAGGUCAGCGUUUGAGCAUCAGCACCACCACCUGCUGCACUGCCUGGAGAAGACGACGAAUCACGAGUUCUCAAACGAGAUGAACUACAGCGAGCUGUGUAUGACGGAGUCUGUGGGCUUCAGGACCAGUCGCAGCACCUCCCUGUCCAGCCAGCAGGGGGCGCAGAACAACUCCACCGGCUGCUGCCCACGCCGGGCCAGAAGAAGAGCCGCCAUGAGACUGGCCAACUCCACGGUGUCCGUCAGCCGGGGGAGCGUCCAGGAGCUGGACACCCUGCACGUCAAAACCACCUGUAUACCACCACAAACUCGUUCCAGUCUGAACGCCCAGACUUGCAACCUGAAGCUGAACUGCGGGGAACAAGAUUACACCGCAGCCAUCAUCAGCAUCCCCACGCCGCCCGCCAACACACCCGAUGAGAGCCUACCCCCAUCGCCCGCACCCAUCCCCGGCAUCCUGCGCAACACCCGAGCCACCGCCUACACCCAUGACACGGUCAAAAUCUCCUCCUUAUAACGGCCGACCUCACCCGCUACUUCCUCCCCCCUCCACACCUGCCCAUCCUACCCACCAGCCAACCUCCCCCAUGAACUUCCUGUGAACCUCCGAUUCAGAACCCAGGGCACUGCUAGCUAAGAUUACAGGGACAAAGACCAUGCAGACGGAUACCUCGAGGACCACCAGUUACUUUCCCUUCCUCUUUUCAGUUUCAGGGUAACGUGGAAAUGAACCGAAAUGGACAACAAAAACUGAGACCUUGACCGACUCAGAGAAGGAACCUGAACUGUUCUCCUGAAGUCUUAAGACCCUUUCAUGCAUUUGUGACCCCGACGCACAGCACAGCCUCCCCCCUGCACAGUUUUGAUCUUUUUGGAUGUGAUUGCACAAACCCCUGGAGGGUUUAUUGGAACAGGAAUAAGAGAGAUGCCAAAGCUCACAAAGGCGGACAUUCAAACCGCCUCACGUGGUGGUUCAGUUCGGUCCAUUUUGGGGGCUUCCAGAGGAAACGUUUUAUUCUUUAAGAGUGAACAGCGCAUGAAUUUGGGUGGUCUUAAUUUGAAAGGGCAGUGACUAGUUGGUCUUGGCGAUGAAUCUGAAGGACUGUGGAGAGUUCAGAAUCGUCUCGACUCGGCCGGGUUUCAACCAAGUCUUCAGCGGUUGGAAAGACAACCAAACAACCCUGAAGCUCCAAAGACCUAUGGUUUGGAUUUUGUUUGUUGUGAGGCACGUGAUGAAUAACAGGCCAACGUGGCUCUAAAACGAAGCGUAUGGAUUAGAAAUUUGGUUCCUUUUUUUCUUCAGAGUGACAGCCUGAAUCAGUAGAGCUCGGUAUUGGACCUAUAUUGUUUGAGAUUGAGAGUUAUAGUCGAGGCGUCUUUGGAGUCUAAUGGAGUUUGAAAUCACAUACGAACUUCUUUGCUUGCCUCUCUUUUUGGCUGCUGAAUCCACUUUAUGUCACGUGUUGAGUAAAGCUGGAAAUCCUGUGAGAACUCUGGAGUUUUGAUCCGAGUCCAGUGGAAAAACUGGACAGAACAGAGCUAUGAUCAAGAUGCUGCUGAAACUCACGACUCUUACAGUAACACUUCAAACUAAACAGGGUUAGACUGAUCUGUGCUGAGCCUGAAAACUGUUCACACUACGACACUGAGCUGAUGUUAGCGUCAGAGAGCUGAACUGGACUAAACUAAGAUGGACCUUCUAAAUGAAACUGCGGACAAGAAAUGGGUUUAUUGAGGGAAUCUGGACUGGAUUAAUCAGGUCUGACAUUGACCGGUCUGGUCUGGCUGUAGCUCAGAAGUGUUCCUCAGCGAUGCCCAGACUGGGAACAAAAGCCUUUUACUUUUCAAAAUAUGCAACAUUACAACAAGCAGGAAAAUAGCAUCAACAAAUGAAGAGAAUAUUAAAUACUAACAAUAAUAAUGUGUGUUAUAAAGCUACAGUAAUAAUUGCAGGGAACAUAAUGUAAAGCAACUAAGAAUUCAUUUGUUACGUGAACUUUUCAGUGAGAGAGAGAACACAAGUAUUCUGCAAUAGGUUUAAACAUGAAGGAGAAAUGCGGCGCCAAGAGCUCUAAAGAUUAAACCAUGUUUGUCCCGAUGGCGUGCACUCUGGGGAAAAAGGAACAAGAAGUAACAUUUUAUUCUUAGGCACACAAAUAUUUGUUCAAACCACGACCCUUCUUUAAAAUUGGCAUGAGCACAAGAGGCGAGUCGGACCAACACAAAGUGAUUUUGUCGUAACAGCAAGUCCAGAAGCAGACCACCUUACACAAAACUACCAAGAUCCCGGAGCGCCCCGACUCUAGAAAUACUCUCUUAAUUGUGUUCCCACUUUGUAAAUUAGCCUGUGACUAUGAAAUCUCUUGAAAUGGAGGUUAGGUGCAAGGCCGGCAUUAGCUUAGCUUAGCUUAGCAUAAACUGAUCGGAGCUGUAAUGGUUAGCUUCAGGUGGAACGCUCGAUUGGCUAAUCAGGAGUCAGUUCUGCUCCAAGGAAAAGAUGCAAUCCCAUUUGAUCAGUAUGAAACAUGUUUGUAGUUUUUUACAUGAAAAGACGACGUGAUCUUUUAAACUGGACCAAGUAGGUUUCUCAACUUGUUGCCAUCGACCUCGACAAAAUAAGAGGACGUAGCCACUGUGAUGUCACCCGUACGGUUACCACCGUUUUGAAUUUUGAAAGUUUUGGUGUCGUCAGAGCUAGCUUGGUUAGCAAGGUAAAACUGGUAAAACUGUAAAGCCUGGCUCAGGACGAGUUAAGGUCUGAUUCCUGUGAGCGAGUGAGUGGUAUAAAAAUCUAAACCUAAUCUCCCCGGGUGCUCAUGUUUAAGUUUACCUGAUGGGUCAACAUCUGGGAAAAAAUGUGAAACAGGAAGUGGUAAGAAAAAGAAACAAGGCUGGGAAUGAUUCGUACCUUAACUGAGACCUCACCUCUCAGAAAUUUACAAACGACACACGACCUUCCUAAGAGUGCACGCUGUCGGCUGCAUACGCCUUAAGCUGAGUGAGACCUUUUGGCGAAGCAUUUCUCCAAACCAAUCAGAAGCGAGUGUGAGUGAGUGACACACGGACAGAAGAGAAGACGUACAUACUGUAACAUAUUUUGUAUCAUAAACUUUCACCUGCAUCUUCCAAUCAAAUCCUCAAAGUAAAAAAAAAAAAGGAAUAAAAAGAAAAAAAAGUUAGCGAUGAAAGUCUGAGAGGCGUUCCUCCGUGCAUGAGCCUCGUACAGUAGAAGUAGCACUACUGAUCAUAGGAAUUUAUCCGAAACCAUAUCAGAGAAAAAAAGAUAGAAGAACACGACACAACGGGGAAAAAAAGUCUCAUCAUCCGUUCUUUUGCAUGACGGCUCUCUGUUUUUUUAUCCUCUCCUAUCAGUCAUCGCUUUGUUUUCCUCAUCCCCUCCCCCACCCGACUCCUGACCCCACCCGACUCC